AUUUCCUUCUUGUCCAGCCGACCUCCUGGUUACGAUGCUGACGCCGUUUCCGUUGAUCUAGUUUGAAACAGACGAUAUCCGCUGCGCCUUCGAUGGCAUGGAUGGGUCCAUCUGUCCACUCACUGCACUGGGACUUGGCGCUCUGGAUUUCAGAUCCAACGCGCAUGCGCUGCCCUACGUGACAACAUUCCUGCCACAGAUUAGACAUGCCCUCUCUGGUCCUCCGGGCCCGUUCCCAUCACCCGCCUUUCUUUUCUGGACCAUGGUGAUUGACGCACCGAGUGAAAGGAUCAGUAAAGAGGGUCGUGGAGGGAUCAUGAAUGAAUGAAUGAAUGUAUGUUACUAUGUAUGUAUGUAUGGAUGGAUGUAUGCAAAGCCCGCCU